AAACACAAGGGUUUUACUCUCUUGUACGACGUAACACAUAAAGAAUCGUGACUCUGGAGAUCAAGUUGAAACGCCGGGUGAUCUAAAUACUGCGGCGGCGCCGCGACUGUCCACUAGGUGUCGCUCCUUGACAACCUGCCCGUCUGCGGGGAAACCAGUCUCUCGGUUUACGGCUGACAUGAAUAACAACAAUCGUACAGCUUUGAGCGUUAGCGUCGCUUAACGCCAGAUUUGGCUCGAACAUUUCUGGUUUUUUUAACCGGGCGAGUGUCCGCUGCCUUGCCGCGAACGAGGCGGACGAUGGGGAUUUAGCGACUGAGAUGGAGUAUGAUGAGAAACUUGCCCAUUUCCGUCAAGGCCGCCUCAACCCCUUUGACCGUGGGGAGGAAGAGGAUGGUCUCCAAGAUGGGAAGAUACCCACACAGCAUGAGGUGAGACCCGAGCUCUUCUCUGACACCAGAACCCAGUCUCCAGAUCGGACCAUGGACCUUGGGUUGGCUGAGGACCACUUCUCGAGGCCUGUGGGUUCGUUUGUGGCGUCAGACAUCGAGCAGCUGGAGCAGGCCAUAGAGGAGUGUAAGAGGCUGAUCCUGGAGCUGCCAGAACACUCGGAACGGCAGAAGGACACAGUGAUGAAACUUAUCCACCUGCGGCUCAAACUGCAGGAGCUCAAGGACCCUGAGGAAGACGAGCCUAAUAUGAGAAUUCUGUCGGAGCACCGAUUUUAUAAGGAAAAGAGCAAGAGUGUGAAACAGACAUGUGACAAAUGCAACACCAUUAUCUGGGGCCUUAUCCAGACAUGGUAUACCUGCACAGGUUGCUGCUAUCGCUGCCACAGCAAGUGUAUGAACCUGAUCACCAAGCCCUGUGUGAAGUCAAAGGUCAGCCACCAGUCCGAGUAUGAACUCAGCAUCUGUCCUGAGAUAGGAUUAGACCGGCAAGAUUACCGCUGUGCAGAAUGCCGAACGCCUGUGUCGCUGAGGGGCAUCCCUAGUGAGGCCAGGCAAUGCGAUUACACAGGCCAGUAUUACUGCAGCACAUGCCACUGGAACGACACGGCAAUCAUUCCGGCGCGUGUCAUCCACAACUGGGAGUUUGAACCACGCAAGGUGUGUCGCUCUUCCAUGCGUUACUUGGCCCUGAUGAUGUCACGACCCGUACUUAAGCUGAAAGAGAUCAACCCACUGCUGUUUAACUUCGUGGAGGAGCUAGUAGAGAUUAGGAAGCUCCGUCAAGAUAUCCUGCUGAUGAAGCCCUAUUUAGUCACCUGUAAGGAGGCCAUGGAGGCUCGGCUACUACUGCAGCUCCAUGAUCGCCAGCACUUCGUAGAGAACGACGACAUGUACUCGCUGCAGGAUUUGAUUGAUAUCUCCAGCGGUCGACUCAGCUGCUCCCUCACAGAGAUCCACACCACGUUUGCUAAGCACAUCAAAUUAGACUGCGAGCGGUGUCAGGCCAAAGGAUUUGUCUGCGAGCUGUGCAAGGAGGGAGACAUCUUGUUCCCUUUCGACAGCCACACCUCCGUGUGCCACGACUGCUCGGCGGUCUUCCACAGGGACUGCUACUACGACAACUCCACAACUUGCCCGCGAUGUGCACGGAUGACGGAGCGCAGACAGGAAGAGCCGUCAGAUGAGAGAGGCGCCUAACCGUGAAGCGAUGGGAUACGACUGUGACUACCGGGUGAUGCUGCACUUUGUGUGAUGUUGUGUACUACUCUUAUCAAGACAUAUUGUAACGACGAGGACUCUAACGUAACAUUUCUGUUGUUUUGUGUGUAUUUCUGUUUUCUCUGUUCAGGGUCAGUGCACUACAUAAUGGAUAGCGGGGUACCAACAGGCCUGUAAACAUGUCUUUCUUGAUCUGGCUGUACUGAGCACUGAUUUGUGCGUGUGUGUGUGUUGUGUGUGCAUGCGUGCGUGUGUGUCUCGUGCGUUUGUCUGUCUGUAUGAAUUUGCUGAAUUAAUAUAAAUGGCCUGUAAAGAGAAACUAACGUUAAAAAGUAGGUCAUUUUGUGCGCAGGAGCUGAGAGGUGCCGGCCAUUCAAAGUGUUGUCUAUUUUACUGCCAACUUUCCUAAAUGUUUAAAGCUAGGAUCGUGGAGAUUUGCAUGCAAACACAUGUUCUUUUUGGACACUUUCUAUAGCUGUUAUAUGAAAGAUAUAGCUAAUAUAUCAGUAUAAAAUAUAGCCAUCAGCACUUCUGUAGUUAUUUUAAUUGUUAGUGUCUGGUAGGGCUCUCCGGGAAAAAACAAUACAACACACAGUGUUUUGCAACAUCGCAGCCAAAUCCAGAAGAAAUCCAUUAGCAGCGAGUUUAAAGAUGAGGAAGUUCUGCAGAUAUGCAAAACGAGGUCACGUGACUUUUCCAUCGACAGACACUUCCACACCAAUAGCUAAGACCCAGGAUGAACACUGUUUGUUUUAAUGUUAUUAUUUUAAUUCUGAAAGGACCUCUGGGUUUUGUAUGGGCCAUACCCUGCUCGUACUCAUACCCUUGCCACAUGGAUCCAUAGGUGCCAGUAAGUUACAUGAAAAUGACGAUCUUCAGGAUUCGUCCUGUCCUCCAGGAAGUACAUCGUGGUGCUCCACGGGCGGUCUUGUUUCUGAGGUAGUAGUUAUCAUACUAUGAGUUUGCCUUUACCACCGUGGCUUUUUUUUUUUGAUGUUAACUUCCUGAACAUUUGUCCCAGCUGUUCUCUCAAACUGAUUGGUUUCCUGUUUGCGUUUAAUGUAGUUUUUAAGACAGU